CUUUAGCUGGUGCACACAUCCGGUUGCACGCGCGCGACAGAAGGUACGGGCCAGUUCAAGUUAGCAAGUGCGGGCGAAGGUCCUUGGGUACAGCAUUUGUUUUUUUUCGUGGUCGUUUUAUUUUGGACGAAUUCUGGGCUUUUGGACUCACUCUUGUGGAUAUGUGCAGCUUGGGAGACGUCCAUCAGCUGAUUGGUAGUCAGGUAGAAGCUCCUCCUCAUCCACAGAGGGGAAGUUCUAGUUCGGUUCAAAAUGGUCCAGGCCCAACCCACGUGAAAGAGGAAGAGGAAGAUCCACAGCCCCGCUGCACUCAAGAGGAAGAGGAGCAAGUCAGCAAGUUGUCACUGAAGGUUGUUGUCGUGAAGAGUGAAGACGAUGGCGACGAAGCGCCCGACCGUUCGCGGCUUCAUCGUUGCAGUCCGAGCGGGGAGCACGGCGGAGGAGCGUCACCGCAUCAGCUCUUAGCGCCGCCGUCACACGCCGACAACACAGACGACGCGAAAGGCGAUGCCAAACAGUCGGAAAGUUCCGAAAAGCAGACUCCAGCGUGCGGGAGACGCCUCAAACGGCGAGAACUUUUCAGCUGCUCCGUUUGCGGUAAAACAGCGACUCAAAAGUCCAACAUGGUCAAACACAUGAGAGUACACACGGGAGAGAAACCCUUCAGUUGCCCGCUUUGUGCGAAAGCCUUUGUUGAAAAGGCAAAGAUGAUAAAGCACAUGAGGAGUCACACGGGAGAAAAACCCUUCGGCUGCUCAGUGUGUGGUAAGAAAUUCACAGAUAAACAAAAUAUGGAGUCGCACAUUAGAACUCACACGGGGGAAAAACCCUUUAGUUGCUCGUUGUGCGGUAAACGAUUCAAUAAAAAAUCGUACGUGACAAUACACAUGCGAACGCACACGGGGGAGAAACCCUUCAGCUGCUCCGCCUGUGGCCAGGAGUUUGCGCAAAAGUCGGACAUGGCGAGACACAUGACAAAACACACGGGAGAGAAACCCUUUAGUUGCUCCGUGUGCGGCAGAACGUUAUCUCGAAGGGCCAACAUGGAGUCGCACAUGAGAACGCACACCGGAGAGAAACCCUUCGGCUGCUCCGUUUGCGGCAGAAACUACACGAAUCGGAACAGUUUUGCGACGCACAUGCGGACCCACAACAAAGGAGACUAAAUGCCCCCCCCCGGGCUUCAGCUCAUUUGCCGUUUGUUCUGAGAGACAAUUCAGGCCCUUGUGAAGCAGCGGUCUUGCUCGUGACAUUUUUCCCCACCAGUACACAAUACAUUUUACUAGCAGACGAUUGUCUUUCGAACAGGUAAGCACCUCUCUCUCACAAGUUGCUUCUCUGUCAAUGGAAUAAAUGCACAAAGGAUUUUCCAUACAAAGUGUGACAUCGUCUUUUCAUACUUUUAUUGUUUUGUUUUUUUCGUGCUUGGGCAGAUUAUGUCACAGAUAAAAAUGUGCAUGGGGAAAGGUCAUUUGGCAAACGAUUUUUUGAUGCUUUCCCACGAGCAUUGCUUUGUUCUUUCUAAGAUGAUUGACAGCACCUGGAAUUUACCGUCAUCUUUCCAUUUUGUCUGAAACACGACCAUCUUUUUUUUUGCAUUGAAGGCAAAGCAGCCGAGACAUUUUAUGAGGUACACCUGCGGAGUCUCAGUGGGCAUAUUUGGUAAAACUUGACGAUAAAAGGGAGAAAAAGGCCUCAAAUCAAGGAGGACAAAAACACUUUUUUUCUAAGUAAAAAACGCCACAGACGUUAAUUUGUUGUUGAAUGUACUAAGGACGUUUUUAGCUGCAAAGUU